CUUACAGCCCUGCGGCGCGGCAGUGUCGAUACGACCGGUGGUGGUAGCAGGUCGACGUUGGUAGCGACCCGACGUGAUGCGAAGAAUCAAAUCGAAGUCCCGCUGGCUGGGUCCGUAGGUAGUCGCAGGCAACGUCCAGACGUAACGGAAUCAUGGAAGAGGUCUUUCAAAACGGUAAUUAUCAGAGAGAGGCCAACGCAAACAUGACCGCUGUGGAGACACGGAAAGAGGACUGCCUGCUCGACCAUAUGGAGAUCUCAAUAGUGGAGGCUGAGAAGAGAGCAAAUAGAGCACUUAAUUUAAGAGAAUUCUACACGGUAUACCUCAUUGAAACUAAAGUCACCGACCCAGAUUUUAAAAACGCGCUAACUAGGAUAAGUUCGUUAUGGCGGCGAUAUACCGAGUUCGAGUUGCUUCGUGCUUAUCUGGAGAUUUCUUAUCCCUACAUCGUGUUGCCGCCGUUACCAGAAAAAAAGGUUCUUUACGCAUGGCAAAAAGUAACCACUGACACAUUUGAUCCCGACUUUGUUGAUCGCAGAAGAGCUGGACUCGAGAAUUUUCUUAUAAGAGUUGCAUCACAUCCCAUACUUUCGCGCGACGAACAUUUUAUGGGGUUUCUUCAGUUGAAGGAUGGUUGGAGAGAAAGUGUUAAAGAAACAGGGUAUUUGCAAAUCGCUGAAUCGAAACUGAAAGCGCUUAGUGUUGCAGUACGACUGAGAAAACCGGACAAACGAUUUGAAACUAUAAAAAAUUAUGGAAUUGAACUGCAGAAUAAUUUAUGCAAUCUCCUGCGAGUACGUGCACGGCUUGUUGAAAAACAACACAAUCUAUAUAAGUUGCAUGCAAAUUAUGGGCGUGUCUUCAGCGAAUGGAGCGCCAUAGAGAAAGGAAUGGGUGAUGAAUUACAGAAAUCGGGGCACUACUUGGACUCAUUAGCGGCGACAAUAGAUACCACUCUCGAGGAGGAAGAGCUCAUAGCCGAUCAACUAAAAGAGUGGCUGUUCGGUGCAUCGGCAUUGCAAGCUGUAGUUAGACGCAGAGAAGCCUUGCAAUUGGCUAAGGAUGAAGCGCAUGACGCCUUGACUGCUACGUUCGAACAGAAGGACAAAGUCAUGCAAGGUAAAUCUGGUUUGAUGUCACGCUUAUUUGGUUCUGUGGACACCGAGGAGGUUCGUGAAUUGAAGAUUCUCCAGCUGGAACAGCGAAUUGCGCAACACGACGAAACUGUAAAGCAAAUGGACGAAGAUUUAAAGUCUUUCUCUAUUAAAGCCAUAAUGGAUAUCGAGAGGUUCCAACAUCAAAAAGUCAUAGAUUUGAAAGAGACCUUGGCAGCUUACUGUGUUCUGCAAUUUAAACUAGCUAGGAAGAGUCUGCAAGCUUGGCAGCACAUCAAAGGUUGUCUCGAAAGUAUACCAUGAAAGAAAGCGACAUUUGGCGAAGCAGACUGUCACAGAACAAUAAUCGUUUCCACGUUUCUCAUUCGAUAUACAUUCCCGUAUGUGUAAGUUCACUCAUGUCGUACGCUUAUUACAUUCAAUGUACAUGAUUGUUACUAUUUAAAAUAUCAAGCUAUAAGAAAUAUUAUAUAUGUAUAUGUAUGUAAUUCAUGUUGGAUAUACAUAUAUAUAAAUAUGUCAGAACACAUUAUUUAAAUAUUUAUAUGUUUCGUAUAAUUUAUAAAAUUUGCUGUAUGCAAAUGACGAUAUACAUAUACAUAAUUAUUGUAAUGUAAUUUUUUAUACACUGCCUUUCUGUAAUGUUCUGUAAUGUUCGAGAAAUAAGCACAUAAUUUCACAACUAAAUCUAAUUAUUUUUAGAAAAUUAUAUAUUUUUUUGAAUGAAUAUAAAUCAUAUUUGUCAUAAUAACCAUUAUCAAAAAGCAAUAUACGCGAUAAACUAAUUGUAUUAUUAUUUAUAUCAUUUAUUAUAUAUAUUUAUCUAUAUGUAUUCUGUUGUAUAUAGAUAUAUUUUUUUCAGUAUUAUUGUCACAAAAGUUAUUGGCAUUCAAGAUACAAAGCUUUUCUGUUAGUUUAUAAGUUUAUUGUUAGGUCACAUCAUAACAGCAUCUGCGAUGAAAUUGAUAGUAAUUGUAUUAUAUAUUUCAAUUGCCCAAAUUUCUCAUUAUGUUCGAAAGUCAUGCAUAAUAUUCCUAUGGAAGGAUA